UGUCUGCAAUUUACACUUCUUCUCCCUCUCCGUUUACUUCCUCAGUCUUCUUCACUAUCAACACUGAUGUUACAGACCGGUCCUUAGACCACAGCACACCAACAUGACCGGAAAUUCUCGAAGAACAGCUCGGAGCAGGGCGAAGCCGGCGUCGGAAGAUGAUGACGAUCGCGAAGUCCGUAGCGCGACACCUAAUCCGAAAGUCCGAAGGAGAGGCAGGGAGCAAAGCUCAAUUCGCAUCCUCAAUGUGAACCUCAAAUUCCUCUUAGGUUUUGGUGUUAUUUCCUUCUCGAUCGCAUUGAUUGUCAUUUACCGCCUUGUCAAUCCGGCUGAAGUUCCUCAAAUUCCCCGGGUUAUCACUCCACUUCCCGCUCCAAAACUCACGGAUCUUCCGAUGUUUCAAGGAGAACAUAAAGAAAGCUUGUAUUGGGGAACUUACAGGCCUCAAGUUUAUUUUGGUAUACGUGCAAGGACUCCACAAUCUGUAGUUUUUGGUUUAAUGUGGAUUGGUGCAAAGGAUGGAAGGUUUUUCAUGCGCCAUGUUUGCCAAGAUUCAGAUGAUCUGAAAACGUAUGGUUGGACACACCAUAAUGGACGAGACUAUGGACACCAACUUUUAGUUGACCAAACAAUGACAUUGACAACAAGUUUUUUGAAGUCUAAGGCAAUUGGAAGUGGGUAUGGUGGAGACUGGGUAACUCGAAUUGAGGCACAAGUUGAUGAAUCUGUAGUUGAUGAGGAAAUGUUAAAGAACAUGCACCUCUUUUUUUAUAUGGCUGAUGAAGGUGGAAAUGCUCUAACAUUGGGUGGAGGAGCCAUAGGCAGCAAUCAUGAUUCUGCCAUAGCGUUAGGAUCUCAUAGUGAUGUUGGGGGUUGGCAGCUCCAUAUAAAAUCAGAGGAUAAUUUUGAUAUGCAUUAUUCUGGUUUCAAGACACCUCACAUUCACAAUUUAUCUGACCUUGUCCAAGCAGAUCUGGGAGUCAAAGCAAGAAACUUUGGUCGCUUGGAGCUUUCAGAUACAUUGGAUGACUCUUCAAAUAUUUUAGUUUUCCAGAUCUCUGCUAGGAUUUCUUUCAAAGCUGAUAUUGUUUUUGUUUCUGGAACUGGAUUACAAGAUUCAAGAGUUGAAGAGCGUCUUACCAAUCUCGCAGGUGCCUCACUCUCCAGUCUACUAAAUGAGAAGCAGAAGGAAUUUGAUGGCAAGUUCAAAAGAUGCUAUAAUCUAUCUGACCAGCUUGAUUCUGGUUCUGUGACCGUGGGUAGGGAUGCUCUUGCAAGCACAUUGGGUGGAAUUGGCUAUUUCUAUGGUCAAUCAAAGAUUUCGCUUCCGAAAGCCUCUAAACUUGACACGGGUGACAACUUUCUUUUAUACUGGCCUGCUGAGUUAUAUACAGCAGUUCCCAGUAGACCCUUCUUUCCAAGGGGAUUUUUAUGGGAUGAAGGUUUUCAUCAAUUAAUAAUUUGGCACUGGGAUACAUAUAUUAGCUUGGAUAUUAUUGGGCAUUGGUUGGAUCUGAUGAAUAUUGAUGGAUGGAUUCCACGUGAGCAAAUUUUAGGAGCUGAAGCUGUAAAUAAGGUCCCUCAAGAAUUUGUUCCUCAACAUCCAAGUAAUGGAAAUCCUCCAACCUUGUUUCUGGUCUUACGGGACCUGAUUUGUGGCAUUAAGAAAAAUAAGUUUGAUGCUGCUGAAAGGAGAGACAUUUCUAUCUUCUUAGAUCGAGCAUUAAUUCGCCUUGAAACAUGGUUUAAUUGGUUCAACACCACACAAUCUGGAAAGGAUUUCAGCAGUUACUUCUGGCAUGGUAGAGACAACAUUACUACUCGUGAGCUAAAUCCAAAGACCCUGUCUUCUGGAUUAGAUGACUAUCCACGUGCUUCUCACCCAGAUGAAGAAGAACGCCAUCUGGACCUAAGAUGCUGGAUGUUUCUUGCAGCAGAUUGCAUGCAUUCCAUAUCAAAGCUUCUCAAAAGUGAAAGUGAACACCAGGAGUACAGGUCAACAGCAGAACUGCUUUCAGACUUUGAACUUCUUAAUAAGAUGCAUUUUGAUAGUUCCUAUGGAGCUUAUUUUGAUUAUGGAAAUCACACUGAGAAGGUCCGGUUAUCGUGGCAAACAGUCGGGGCAAGCAGCAACAAUCCAAAAAGAGAGCUUCUGAGGGAAGUCUUAGAGAAGCCUGUAUUGAGACUGGUUCCUCAUGUUGGAUACGUCAGCCUUUUCCCGUUAAUGGCCAAGCUCAUUCCUCCUGAAUCGUGGAUAUUAGAGAAACAGCUAGACCUGGUUUCAAAUAGGAGCACGUUGUGGACAAAUUUUGGUCUCAGGUCUCUUUCCAAAACAAGCUCCAUUUAUAUGAAGCGCAACACGGAGCAUGAUCCUCCAUAUUGGAGAGGGCCGAUUUGGAUGCAAUUUAAUUACAUGACUCUUGGCGCACUUCAUCAUUACUCCAGAGAGCCUGGACCAUACAGAGAGAAAGCCAGAACUAUCUACCAAGAGCUAAGAAGCAAUUUGAUAAGAAAUGUUGUCGAGAACUAUCACAAGACUGGGUAUCUGUGGGAGCAAUAUGAUCAGAAGAAUGGGAAGGGAAAAGGUGCGCGAUUUACCGGCUGGACGGCCCUAGUGCUUCUGAUCAUGUCUGAAUCUUACAAUGAAUGUUAGAGAUGGCAUAUUUCUCAAGGCAGAGUUGAGGUUUCCCUUUAACAUAUAGAGCGAGCUACAUUUAACUAUUUAGGUAUGAGAUCAAUGUUAAGUAGAUGCCUGCUUUAUCUUCUCUUCCUCCAUUUCAUACUUGUGGGGAAUAUACACACCAGAACAGUACAUUUUUGAAUAGUGUGAGGACUGAUUGCUUGCUUAAACCUUUUCAAUA